GAGCCCUGCACAUACGACAGUGUUUAUCUACGGUAUAGCGUGCUCGGUCAACCAGAUCCACGGUUCACACCGCCAAGAUAUGGAAGCGCUACGAGAAAUAACACCCUUCCUGAGUAAAUCCGCUCGACUGGACCUUAAAGCAGUCUCACUGACACACGUUCUUGGUUUGACCGGUUCAAAGGACGGAAUAUCGUUGAUUGGCCAGUGCCAGGAAUUGCUAGCCAAUGUGGUGGAUCUAAGCGCAGAUGAAUCCGAAGUCAUUCGUAAAGACGCCGUUCUUGCGUUGGUCAAUAUAUCUGCCGAACAGGAUGGGGCCGAAGCUCUGGUCAAUCAGCUUGCCAGCAAAAUCGUUCCAAUGGCAUAUACAGCUAUAACCAACAAAGACUGCAAGCUGGCCGAUCCUUGGAGCAUGGUUCUGUGCAAUGUGAGCCGCCCGGAGACACUGGUGGAUCCGGUGCUGACAGAGCUUCUAAAAAUCGAACAUGCAAUCGAAAACUUGACUGUCUGCUUCACCCGCAUCAACUACAACACGCAAAAAGGCCACCUGAACUACCUUGCACCACUUUUCAGUAACCUAUCUCAAAGCAAACGAGGUCGGGACGUUAUUUGCAACCAAAAUGCCGAUAUGCUAGUGCGUAUUCUCCCGUUCGUGCAUCACGAGGGAAGCAUCGUGCGCCGAGGUGGUGCCGUAGGCAUACUCAAAAAUAUUUGCUUCGACUCUACGGUGCACGAUUGGCUGCUGGGUGGAGAGGUGGACGUGCUACCUUUCAUCCUGCUACCAUUGGCAGGGCCGGAAGAGUUUGACGAUGACACAAACGACAAGCUGCCGGUGGAGCUGCAAUACCUGGGGCCCGACAAGAAACGGGAAGAGGAUCCGGACAUAAGGAAAAUGCUGCUGGAAUCAUUGGCUCAGCUGUGCGCCACCCGUAAAGGUCGGGAAUACCUGAGAGAACGAGGAACGUACGAAGUGUUGAGGGAGCUGCACAAAUUUGAAUGCAGUCCGGAAGGGGAGAAGCGAGUGUUGGUCACAUGUGAGAAUGUGGUGGAUAUUUUAAUAAGGACGGAAGACGAAAUUGGCGAAGAUAACUUGAAGGCUUUGGACAUUCCUGAGGACGUUUUAUCGAAAAUUGAAAAAAUGGAUGAUGAAAUUGAGCAAUAAAUGUCUUAAUAGAUGCUGAA